GAAAAGGCAGCUCACCUUCAAUCACUUCUAAGAAAAAGAGCUAGAUUUGCUUGGACCGACGUGCAGGCCAAGGCAUUUCAAGAGCUCAAGGAUGCGCUAGUCUCAGCGGCAGUAUUAGCGUACCCAAACAAGGAACAACCAUUCAAGUUGAUGACCGAUGCUUCAGACAUAGCACUCGGAGCGGUAUUGAUGCAAUGGAAUCCAGAAGAAAAUAGAGACUACGUUGUUUCCUAUGCAUCGAAGGCCUUAAAUCCAGCAGAGAAGAAUUACGACACAACAGAUCGAGAAGGAUUGGCAGCAGUUUGGGCAAUAAGAAGAUACAAACGAUACCUCCACGGCAGGCACUUUGAACUCUUCACAGACCAUAAGGCACUACUCUCUAUCAUCCAUAAGCUAGAGCCUAGAAGUAAGCGAAAGGCUAGAUGGGUCAGCGAAUUACAAGAAUAUGAUUUCACUAUAUGGCAUCUUGAAGGCAAAAAGAACGUCAUUGCCGAUGCCCUAUCCCGAGACCCUAAAUUUGGAGAAAAAGCACUCACUGAUAGAGCAUUAAAAGUGCGAAGAGGAGUUUUGUUCAUCGAAAAGAAGCCAAACCAAUGGAGAAGAGUAAUCCCAAGCCCAAACCACGAAGAAAUUAUCAGAUCAGUCCACGAACAAGGACAUAUGGGUAUCCACAGCACUGUAAACAAGAUCAAGGAACGAUUUUGGUGGCCUGGCAUUAGUAAACAAGUAGCAGAAUUCAUUUCAACUUGUGACCAAUGUCAACGGGAAAAGAAACCCCAGAAGGCAAAAGACAUUUACCCAAUAAUCGCUUCCAGACCAUUCGAAAUAGUAGGAAUUGACCAUGUCGGACCUCUACAUGAGACACCAGAAGGCUAUCAGUAUAUGAUCAUUGCUCAAGAUUAUUUUACCAAAUGGCCUAUUGUCAAACCUACUAAGACCACCAACAUGGAUGAAGCUCUCAAGUUCGUCUAUGAAGAAAUCUACACUGUUUAUGGGAAGCCUCAGCAGCUCAUAUCCGAUCAAGGAUCAGCCUUCACAGGAGAACUCUGGAACGCCGCAAUGAAGAAAUGGAAGAUCAAUCAUACUCCUACCACAGCGGCAAAUCCACAGGGGAAUGGCCAAGUUGAACGUUUCAAUCAGACUUUAGUGAAAAUGCUACAGAAGAAACUUGGAGCCAGAAAGAACCAAUGGCAUUUGAAAAUACCUGGACUACUGAUGGACUAUCGAGCAUCAGUACAAGCCACCACAGGAAGGACCCCA